UGUUCCAACCCCCAACACACACACACCAGGGCUGGUGUCAGUCGUAUUCCGUUUGCUCGUGUGAGAAGUCAGAGAGAAAGAGUGAAAUGGAGAAGUGGCUACAGAAGCGCCAGCGACUUUCCGUCUGCUUCUUCAUCACCUUUUUCUUUACAGCGUCCGGUGAUGUGACUUAUCUCAACACGACUAACGGUUCCUCCAUCCAGUUCUCCUGUGUGUUUGACCUUCAUGAAAAACAAGAACCCUUUGCCUUCACUCUGAGACGGGAAUGGAUUCGAGUUCAAGACGUGCUGUAUCACAACUUUGAAAUUAAUGCUGACGUUCAAGACUCUACGUUUGUGGGUCGCAUCAGCGAUCGAAUGGUCAACAAAGCGGUCAGUGUGAACAUCACAGAUCUGCAGGGCUUCGACACCGACCGGUACGUCUGUUUGUUCCACUACCAGACACCUGCAGGCUUUCACAACCAAUCAGGGAGGGACAAGAUCGUCCUGUACGUCAAAGAUGUCCAUAUCAAGCCGUGUAGCUCCUACACACCACUGCUGUUCGCUCUGUCUGCAGGAGCAGGACUGCUCUUCUUCAUCAUUGUCAUCAUCACUGCAGUGCACUGUAUGAAGCCCAGUAGCAGAGGGCAGAUGAAGCCUCAGCACUCAGUUCCCAUCUAUGAGGAGAUGAACGGCGUGAGAGAGAAACCGAGCUCUCGGCUGCAGGAGGACGACGUGUCGUCUCUCUACGUUAAGCCAAGAAAAGAGAAUCCCUACAUCAACUGAGCUGUGACCUCUGACCUUACACGAGCCCUUUGGAACCUUUAACUCACAAUCUCAAAUUUAAUAAAGUGUUUAAAACUCAAUUGUGUUUAGAAUUAAACCCUCAGACAGACGCAGAGUCCCAAAAACAUUCAAAUAAAGAUAAAUUACUCCUUAAAUUUCUUCAUAAACAGUUCAUUUAUAUAUUAUAAUGAUUAUAGAUAUAAAUAUUUAUAUAUAUGUAAAUAAUAUAUAUAAAAAUAAUAAUCAUAUAAUAAUAAUAAUAAAAUAAAAUAAUAAUAAUCAUAAUAAUAAUAAUAAUAGUUUUUAUGUAUUGAACCAAAAACAGAUCUUUUUAAGCGAACCACAGAUUAAAGAUUUAAUACAUUUAUAUGUUUAUAUUUUUUAUCUUCUACAGAAAUUUAUUUACCUUUUAUAAUCAUUUAAAACUUGACUUUAUGACUUAAUUCUCAUCGUCUUUUUUCUGUCUGACAACAACAUCAUUUUAAAUAUUUUCUUUUUCUUGUGAUGUUAAAAAAAAAGUCUACCGUGAUUGUGCGGCGUUCAGAAAGGUGAAAAAAUCUAAACUGUAAACAGGACGUGAGCAAGUGACAAACCAGUCACACCCAUGAGACAACCGUGUGUGUGUGUGUGUGUGUGUGUGUGUGUUGUAGUUCAUCUCAUCUAUUUAUUUACUUUCUUUCAGUUACUUGAAGGCUUCUGUUUUAUCAGUUUGUUGAAGUUUUAUAUUUUUUCUUCUUCGUGUGUCGACACGAGUCAGCGUGAGAGAGAGUGUGUGUCGUCACUUCUUUCCUGUAUUGAUGCUUGUGAAAUGACAUCUUGUGUAAUAGUGUUUAAAGUGUGUUACUCUUCUAUAACGAUAUAAAAAAGCAUUAAUAAAAUACUAGAAGCUUCAUUACACAUCUUUUGCAUUUUGUUUAAACUUCAAAUUAACGCUGGGUUUAAAGAAUGAAAUAAACAGUGUGUUAUGAAUGAAA